AGCGGCAGUCUUCUUCUCCCCGGUCACCGGUGUGCAGCGCGCGCCCGCCAGCCACACGGUUGUAAUAAUCGCUCCGCGGCCGUCGGACGCAGAGCACUUGUCAAUUCCGCCGCCGCCACUUAAUGUUAUAAUUUGUCACAUUACUGCUGCUGUACGGAUACAUAUAGUCGCGAUCGAUCAUAUAUUUAUCGAUCAUUAACGAGCAGUAAUAGCGACCGUCACAACACAAUAAUUCGAGUGAUCCAUAUAAACGGAACGAUCGAUCGAUCGAUUUAAAACAACCGUUCAAAUGGAGGGGUGGCGGCAUCUGAAGUUGGUGUGUGGUGUCUCGGCGCUGUUAUUCGCUGCGUGUUUGGCCCGGCCACAGGAUUCCUCCGCUGUCGCAGCCACCGUCAAAGAAGUGCCGCAGAGACCUAUGACUCUGACCAAUGGCUACCAUCCAUCAUCGUUUCCGUUCAACAACGGUGAACCAUUCGUCGUUGAUCCCAACUCAGGUUCAAUAGACUUCAAUACUAAACCACCUUCGGGCGCGGCCCAGAGGUCCGAUGACUAUUAUGAUUACGACGCUACAAAGUUAGAGGAGGUGCCAUUCGACUAUAAGGGCGAUCCAAUUGACAGGAAAGACGUGGCGGGACCAGGUCUGCUGCCUAGGCCCAACGAUAUUGCACCCACCAAAAACAAGCAGACGGACAUCUAUCAAUUCCUGAACCUGCCCGUAAAGUAUAGCUCUAGUGAUCGGUUUCCGCUCAUGUCCAGCUCAUACGCCAACACAAAAAUUCAAGGGUCAGGCGGGUCGUCGCCAUCGUCGCCACUCAGCAAUCACAAGAUGCCAUCCGCUUCAACUCAAACACCAACGGUAGUAACUUCUCCCACUACUACUGCUUCGUCAUGGUACAAUACCGUCAAGUUUACUACCGUUAGGCCCACUACUGCUCCGACUCGUGCCCCGACAACUCGUGCCCCGACAACUACCACGACGCCGGCCCCGGUUCAACAGCAAGAGGAAUAUGAAUACGAUUACGACUACCCUCACCCACAAGAACCGACGUUACACCAUGAAACCACUACCACACAGGCAGCGAUCAGUUCCACGACCACUACCACUACUUCCACCACCACUACCACCUUGAAUCCGACCACAGCCGUUCAUCUCACCAAUCCGCCUCCACCGUUGUCGUCGUCGUCGUCAUUCUUUAUUACUCCUGAACCAUCCACUGCUGCCACGAGCAUAUCACCGUCUUCAACCACAACGACACCAUCAGCUCCGACUACCUUGCCCGUCGUCAACAAAACUGCGGGCUCUGUGCAGGUAACUACUGCCAGACCAGAGAUCGAUUCCAAACUGGACGGAACAUCAUUUGCUGAUUACGACGAUGCGAUCAAACCAGCAGAGAAACCACACCCACAGGAGAUGUAUGGUCAACACUUUAAACCCUUAAACGGAAACUAUCAGUUCGGCGGUGAUAAACCGUAUCCAUUGAUCACCAACAGCAAAGUGCCAAUGACGUUCACCGCUCACGUAUCAUCUGGUAUAUCGUUGAACCAACCGAAGGAUCAACCGUCGAAUAUCAAACCACCCCCAGCACCGGUAUCGGAGGAACCGAUAUACUCAUCUAGGCCUUUGCGCCCAGAAAAUAUAGAAGAUACAGUAAAACCCGAGGAAACUGCUGUGUAUGAAAAUUCCAGAGUGACGUUUAAUAGCGGUAAACCUGAUUCUCCGAUAAACCCAGAACUAGCAUCGCCGUAUUUAAAACCCAAACCGACAAAACCGAAUGGAAAUCCUGAUCAGUUUGAAACAGUUUACUACAAAGUCAGGCCGGAUACAUAUAAUACACAACAACUUCCUAGUACGGUUUCAAACCGACCAACGAAUCCUUUAAUCCAAAGUCGACCAUAUCAACCAGAGCCGCCUGUAAUAAAAACUUCCCAAGACAUACCUAGAAAACCGGUGAAUACAGAGCUUCAAAUGUCUCAAGGACGACCACCACCAUAUCCGAUACAACCAGAUGUAUAUGUCAAAAAUAAACCACAAUACACUCCUCCACAGAGCCAACCAGAUACAUCUAAGUUUAAACCACCCAAACAUGUGAUAAACCAUUUCAUAAAAACCCAGCCUAACGAAGACAAUAAAAGCUACGCUCUUCAAACUUCUUUCUCGAUUGGUAUGGACGGAGAACGGACAGAUGCACGUCCAGCACAAGGUAUCGGACAAGUUUUAAUGGUUGAAGACGGUUCUUCUGAAAUCGAAGUUAAUCAUACGGUACCAAUUAAGACCAAAUCAACUACGUCAAUUCCACUCGUUCCUCCACCAAGACCUAUCCAGAAACAACAACCACCGUAUCCAAGACCUCAAUGGGAGAACGCACCAAAACCUCCAACAUAUUAUCCACCUCCAAAACGCGAUGGCGCCAUACCUCCACCACAAAGACCAAAUUUACCCAACAUUUUACCUCAAUUCAGACCAAACGCCAGAGUCGAUACACCACCAACGGUACCUCAAUCACAUUCCGCGACCAUUGAAAGAGUUCAAAUUCCAAUAGAUCAUCUAAGACCCCCACCCCUUCCAAAACCCCAAUUUUUAAAAGUAGACAGAAAUGAUGAUAGUAUUGAUGAAGAAAUUCCAAAUAUACCAGAAAAAGAAACAAGAAUUUUGCAAAGACCCGGACCACAACCAGCAAAAGUGACUACUUUGCAAAUGAUCCAACACGGAACUCCGACAAAAUUGAGGGAUGAUAAUAAAGAAAAUCCUGUACAUAUUAUUUAUGCAGCAAACACUCCACCAAAACCAUCUGAAAAAAUAAUAGAUGAUUCCGUAAUGCUAGACGUAAAUGAUAGAUCUGAUGUUCCAAUAUUAAAAACUAAAACUUCUAAUAUCAAGCCUACAAAAAUGGACUUCCCAUAUCAAAUCGUUAAACCUGAUGAAAAUCAAAACGGAUCUUCGUUGGAGUAUACAGCAUAUAGUCCAACAAAAUUAGAUACAAUCAAACCAAAUAUUGAUCAAGAAUUAGUGCCAAACCUUCAAGAUUAUGUUCCAAUUGUAACUCGUGAUUCUACUUCAAACGUUGUGGUUUCGCAAAAACCAAUUACGGCUACAUUAAAAACAUCAGAAGAUAAUCAUAAGAUAGUUGAUGAAGGUCACAAACCACAAUUGCAAAAUUUUCAAAUACCCUUUCAGCCAAGUUUAAAAUUGCCAGAAAAUAGUAAUGGAUGGUCAGUCGUAAGAAAAUCACAAAUUGAUAACGCUUCUGAGAGAAUAGAUGAAACUGGUGAUGUGGUUGGGUCUACAGAGAAGUUCGAUCCAGAUAAUUUUAAACCGCAAUUAGUUGGAGGUUUUAUGCCAAUAAGUCCUCCUUCAGAAGAUGUAAAAGAAAAACAAACAGUUGAACAAUCUGAAAGAGCAAGAAGAUUUAUAAGAGAUUAACUGAAUAAAUAAAUAAUAAUAAUAUUUAUAAAUCCAUUGCAAAUAGUAUUAGAAAUACUCAAAUACAUAAAUUACAUAAAUAAACAUGUCAUAAACCCAUAACUCAUAUUUUGUAAGCUGAUCACCCUACAAGUGAAUAUUUAUUUAUUUAUGUAUAUAAUGUAUAGAUAAAAGUAGAUACGAUAACUAAAGUAAAAAUAUAAGACCUAACAGUAUUUAAUUGAUUGUGUAAUUUAAAAUAUUAUAAAAUAGGUAUAUUUAUGUACAAUAUUAGUUUGUGCAUAAACAAUAUACAGAAGUAUUGAAUUAUAACAUAACUUCACAUUAAAUGAUUAACUAAUAAUGUACUUGCCCAAUAAGUCAAAUAUUUAUAAUAUUAAUUUGAUAAAAUCAUUCAUCAACAAUAUUUAUUUAUAACAUAUUUCCUAAAUAUUGUAAAAACCAUGUAUAUAUAUAUAUUUAUUUUUAUUUUACAAAUAUUGUAGACAUCCUAAAUGACAAAUAAUGAAAUAAAGCUCAAUAAUUAUACUAUUUUAUUUUGUAUGUAAUUUAAUGCUAAGGAGUAGUUUUAAGCUAUAGUGUUACAUAUAUACUCGUAUUAUAUAUAUAUUUAUGU